UAACCCCGAACCCCCUCCAGUCCCUCCAGCUCCUGGCCCGUGACACCCUCUCCUUCUUCUCCCCUCCCCCCGGCGCCGCCGCCGGCACCGGCGCCGCCGGCACCACCUCGCGCCGCUUCGCCGCCGCCUUCUCCGCCCUCCUCCGCCACGGCCGCCAUCUUGGCCCCGCCCUGGCCCACCUGGCCCGGCUGGCGCCCGGCUUCGACCUGGACGAGGCCACGCCCGGCAACGGCUACCGCAGCCUCCUCGAGGUGGUCCGAAUCUGCCUGGAGCGCGCCGUGGAGCGCAGCCGCCACGUGGCCGCGCACCGCCGCAGCCUCUUCUUCCGCGCCGGCGCCAACGCCGCCGAGGUGGAGGCGGUGGCGGCGGCGCUGGGGCAGCUGCGGGCCCUGGUGGUGCUGGCGGCCAAGAUGGCGGCGAUGGCCGAGCCCGGGUGUCUGUUCCCCGACGGGGAGAAGGUCAGGAAGGACCUGGAGGAGGAGGAGGAGGAGGAGGAGGGGGAGGAAGGCAUCAGCGAGGUGGUGCUGCGGGAGUACAGCACGAUGCACAACGGCUGCUUCUACGGCCGCUGCUUGGGCUUCCAGAUGGCGGCGAUGGCCGAGCCCGGGUGUCUGUUCCCCGACGGGGAGAAGGUCAGGAAGGACCUGGAGGAGGAGGAGGAGGAGGAGGAGGAGGAGGGGGAGGAAGGCAUCAGCGAGGUGGUGCUGCGGGAGUACAGCACGAUGCACAACGGCUGCUUCUACGGCCGCUGCUUGGGCUUCCAG